UCAAAAAGCAACUCGUUUUCGACAUCAAAGUAAAUAAACAUUGCAUCACAUUUCAGUCAGCCAGAGCCCAGCCACAUAAUACAAUAUAAUAGCGAAUGGCAUGGCAAAUCUGCUGGGCUGGGGCUGCUCCGUAUCGCCGGGCCUUGUCAUUGAGAUCAACAUUUUAUUGCUGGCGGUGGGCGGCAUCUUUCUGAUCGAUCUGUACAAUCAUGUACUGUGGCGCCAGCUGAAGUACGUGAAUAUGUCCAUAUGCCUGAUGGGUCUGUCACAGCGCCUCUCCCUGAUACGCGGUGUCUCUCUGGCUGUCUAUCUGCUGACCGCCAUCCUGGGCAUACGCAUGUCCAAGCACCCGACAGUCUUUAAGUUUGCCGGCUACAUGAUCAUGAGCUUUCUGAAUCUGCUCUUUAUGCUCACUAUUGCGAUCUCGCGUUAUCGGUAUGGAAGAGAUUUUCAAUAUUUUACGAAUAUGAUGCUGUUCGAUCUGUGGCAUAGGGAUCUGAUUGAGCCAAUGGAGGCGAAAUUCGAUUGUUGUGGAAUGCAUGGCCAGAUCGAUUAUAUUAUCGAGAAUCGGACCUGGUCGAAGGCCGCCUGCUGUGAGCUGCCCUACUGCACGGGCUGUCAGAAAAUGUUCCACGAUUAUUUACAAAAUAUUGAAAUGGAAAUCGCACGCGAUAAUAUUGCCCUAUUCACAUUUCAGAUAAUUGGCAUGUUAUUCGUAAUUAUACAUUAUACGAGCGGAGUACUUGUCGACGAUCCGUAUGAGUCGGAGUCUUCCGAAUACGAUGACGAAGAAGAGAUGCCCAAUCGAAUAAGCGUGGAGCUAAAAAAAUUGAAGCCCGGAUAUGUAUAAUAAACUUCGGCAUUUGCAAUAUGAAAUUCAGCUGUUGAGUUCUAAGCCUAGCUAUUAGUUGCUUUAUUAACGACCCUUGACCCUGCUUUGGCCAAUUGAACUUUAAUUCAAUGUUCUUGCCACGACCUGGCUGCCACGCCCUCCGUCUCUCUCUCUCUCACUCUACUCUGCUU